AGAAUGUAAGCCAGAGCAUAGUGCCUUCUUGCCUGAUCACCGAGCGACUUCUCCCUGUAUCUGAGGAAACACAAGCUUGUCAUGGGCUGCAGGACUGGAAGUGACCGAAGUGGCAGUGACUCUGACUCACUGUCCUCUCUCUGCCUGUCCUUCCUUGCAUUUUUUCCCAGGAACCAUUCUUCUCCGUCUGUAGGAGCUUCACUCAUUAGCUCUGUUGGGGCCAUUCUUUUGUCCAUUUUGUUGUCUGGUUGACUCCUCCUUACCCCAUCUUUACUCUCAUUUUCUUGAACACUUCCUUGAUUCCCAUUAGAUGAGGUCCCCGGUCAUUCCUUUGCGGUGUUUUUCUUUCUUGCUCUCCUCAUGAGUUUUAAUUAAGCCUACUUGUCCUACAUGGUCCCUUAUAAUCUACAGGAAGAGAAAAAGAAGGUGAAAGGCAAGUAGCUUCCUUAUAAAGUAAAUACAGUGUCCGGUGAGGUGCUGCACACCUUUAACCACAGCACUCAGGAGGCAGAGGCAGCGAGGUCUCUGUGGGCGUCUCUGUCUCAGGGGGGAAAAAAUAAAGAUUGCUCACAUUCCUUCUGUCUGGUCUGCUAGUCAAGCCUUGUUGUAUAAGCAUACCUAGGUGCAAGGAGGCUGUUCUCCCUGUCAUCUCUGUCAGCAUGGUACCUGGACAUAGUGGGGGUUCAAUAACUACAUGAAGAAUGAAUGACUUUCUUCUGUGUAUUGUGUUGUAGCUAAUCUGUAGCAGCAUACACAUCUGCUUUCCUUACAUUUCAUUUAAUGUUUCCUUUGUCUUCUCUUUUUAGUUGAACAUCAUGAAAGAUGAGCCAGAAGCGGCGGAACUAAUUUUGCAUGAUGCUCUUCGCCUUGCGUAUCAGAGUGAUAACAAGAAAGCCAUCUCUUACACUUACGACUUGAUGGCCAACUUGGCAUUUAUACGAGGGCAACUUGAAAAUGCAGAACAACUUUUUAAAGCGACAAUGAGUUACCUGCUUGGAGGAGGCAUGAAGCAGGAAGACAAUGCAAUAAUUGAGAUCUCUCUGAAGCUGGCCAGUAUCUAUGCCGCUCAGAAUAAACAGGAAUUCGCCCUUGCUGGCUAUGAAUUCUGCAUUUCAACUCUAGAGGAAAAAAUUGAAAGAGAAAAGGAAUUAGCAGAAGAUACUAUGUCAGUGGAAGAGAAGGCCAAUACCUACCUCCUCCUUGGCAUGUGCUUGGACUCUUGUGCACGCUAUCUGCUCUUCUCCAAGCAGCUGUCACAGGCACAAAGAAUGUAUGAAAAAGCCCUGCAGAUUUGUCAAGAAAUACAAGGAGAAAGGCACCCACAGACCAUUGUGCUGAUGAGUGACUUGGCUACUACUCUGGAUGCACAGGGCCACUUUGAUGAUGCCUACAUCUAUAUGCAGAAGGCGUCAGAUCUGGCAAGAGAGAUCAAUCACCCUGAGCUGCACAUGGUGCUCAGCAAUCUGGCUGCCAUUUUGAUACACAGAGAACGAUACACACAAGCAAAAGAGAUCUUCCAGGAAGCACUGAAGCAAGCAGAGCUGAAAAGAGAUGAGGUUUCUGUACAGCACAUCAGGGAAGAAUUGGCUGAGCUGUCAAGAAAAAGUAGACUUUUGACUUAAUUUUGUUGAGCUAUGUAAGUUCGUUUUGUUGUAGAGAGGGUAAUCUCUGUUAGCCCAGAGGAGUGACUGUUCUAACAUGUCUGGAUCCCAAGCGGUGGUGUGAAUCAUUGUUGAAAUUCAGCUUUCUUCAACUCAACCUCGCUGAAGGACAAGUAUACACUGCCACUUUUAUUUCUAAAUUUAGUUUACUUUGAGAUGGGCCUCCAACUUGGGAGUUCUCCUGCCUCAGUCCCGCAAGUGCUGGGACUGUGCCUGGCCCUACUUGUGUGUGUAAAGUUGAAGCAGCUUCUACCCUGUACUGACAGUAACUUAUGAGGGCUUGGUGUGAAGUGCCGCUUCCCAGUGCAGCGUGGGAGAGGCCGUCCAUCUGGUCCAUGAAAACUGUAGACUCUUAGGUGGCCACAUUCUCCACGGUGUGGUCAUUAUACCUUCCCUAAGAUUUUGGUUCCUGCUUUCUCUUCUUCAUCCAUUUCUGGCAAACAAGUUACUUGUCUGAUAGCACAGGAAGAUUUUGGUGAGUUCUUUUAUAGUCUUUUAUUCAAGCAUUGCGAAAUUUAAUCAAUAUGGGGGAGAUAAUAAUUCUAGUUGGCCUCCAGUAAGCAGCAUUCACUUCUGAAGUGGAAAUUAGGCACUUUGUCACCUGUCUGGGCAGUGAGCUUCCUUUACAGCCAGUCACACAGUAGUGUCGAGCUGAACCCGGUAACAAUACUGACAACACUGAUGCAUGCCAUUGGCAGUGUGGAACUACUGACCUGGAUCCUACUUAGCAGCUCUGGCUAUUUUGCAAUCUCUGUAUUCACGCCUGUUAAGUGGGAAACCAAUUAGAUUCUUUGUCUGAUGACUUAAAAUGAAUUGACUAUUAUGCGGAAAAAAAAUCUUAGUCACUGCCUCCGAGUACACACAUACACAAUACACAAUUGGGUGCCUUUACCUCUACAGCCUGGCAAAUGACCAUUGCCUGAGAGAGAAAAGAUAGGUUUUCUGGGUGCCCUGAAGGAACAGGUGGUGUUGGCAUCCCCGUGGAGGUGGGUGACGUGAGCAGGAUUGGCCAAUGGGCUUUUGGUUCCUAUGUUUGUACUGGGAGAAUCUUCAUAAUAAACUAGAGACUAUACAAUAUUGUAUGUAUUCUAAUAAUCUUUGAAUCGUAGAAAAAUAACUGAGUUACUAAAAGAAAAACCCUAAGGCCCAGAUCCUCAGAAGUAAACCAGAAUUUUGUGUUGUGCAGGGAGAGUUCUGACCAUCUUCCAUCUAUGCUCAUUCACCACUUACUCCCUAGCUAAUGUGAUCCUAUUAAUGAAGAAUAACAAGAGAGAUUUCAGUCACCCUUUGCUUUGAGAAUGUUUUACUAUUUCAUAAUUCCAGAGUUCCAAAACUAAAGUCUUAGGAUUUUUAAUCCUCUGUGGUGAUCCACCUCCCGGUCCUGUGGUGUGGCUGGGAGACUGCGGUUCUCAGAUAGACGGUCCAAGGUGCAUGGUCCUGGAGCACUCAUUUGCACUGUUAUAAAAAAGGCAGUGAGACAGAGGGACUGAUCUCCUUUUACUGAUUACAACUUUAAACAAUUUACAUUGAAUUUCAUUUGAACUACACCAUGUUACUGGAGUUUUCAGGGCAUAAGGGGUAAGGUAUGUAAGACAGAAUCACAGCAUAUGAAAAUUUAAAGUGUAGUAUAAAAUUUCUCACUAAAUAGACUGGAAAAUUGUCAGAAUAUUACCUCUACUGGAAGACCUUGAUUUAGUUGUAUGUGCAUGUGUUUUAUAUAUAUAUAUAUAUAUAUAUAUAGUGUUGGCCCACAAAAAUUGCUAUGCUACACUUUGACUUGUGGCUGACUUCCUAAGUCUGAGUGCUUGCUUCCUCCCUUAGUCUCACAGUAAGGCAUAUCUCCCCCUCUCUGGGUAAACUCUGAGGAUUCUGUUCUAGUUGUUUUGAAAUAAGAAAUGAUGCUUGAUUUCAUGUUGUAUUGUGGUGAGCAUGGAACAGUCUUCUAGGCUGAGCUAUCCUAAACUGAACCAACCUGGAACAGUGAAAGACCCUCAGGGUCAGCAGUCAUCAUCAUUUAUGACUAAGUUCUAGGCUAUUACUGGAACUUCGGGUGGGGGGUGGCUUUAAUCAAACUUUAGUCUUCGGUAUAUUCAUGACUAUUGUUAAGGUAUACUUUGGAUACCCGCAAACUUUAUGGGUGAUAAGAAUUCUGUCUCAUUGUAGCCUUGGCUGGCCCAGAACUCACCUUGUAAUCCAGGCUAGCCUUAUACUUUUAGUGAUUUGCCUGCUUUUACUUCCCAAGUGCUGAGAUUAAAGGUGUGUGCUACCAUGCAUGGCUAAAGUUUAAGAUCUCAAAUGUCUGUCUUUAUUACUUGCUAAGUUAUAUGGGCAAAUUUGAGCCUGUGUCUCCAUCUGUAAAAACAAAAGGGAGGGGGAUUAGAAACCAGUGGUACAGAUGCUAAGCGGGGCUCAGGCAGUGGUUCUAGAGACUGUCUCCUUUCUAGUUCUCAGUGGCAUCAUCCCCAAACCACUAAACGUCUGUAUGUUGUGGGAGAAGCAUGUACACCAUGAUAAAGCUGUGUGAAAACAAAUCUAAAAACACACCAAGUCAUUUUUAAUAAAAACGUGAUCCUCCAGUACCAUCAUUUAAAAUUCAGUCUUUAAAUUACUUGCACCUUGAAAACACUUUCCUCGUGUUCUGUCGGAGCAGAGCAGGCGCUGAUGCAGAUAGGAAAGAAUUGUGUUCAGUGUUAGUUCAGGAUGCAGCAUAAAACAAGCCUGGAAGACCAAGGUUCUACACAGAUUGUUAUCUUUUUAACUCAGCCAGAUAUGAUCAAACUAAAGAAAAGUUUCUAUUUCUUGUUUGAAACCUGAGACACGAAGACUCUUAAGUCACAAAUAAUGUACUGUAGCUAUGGACAGGAUAGUCAAAUUUAUUUCAGAACAAAAGCUUUGUUGGGCUGCAUCAAAUGCAGAAUACUUAGGGGCAUGGCUAAAUUACCAGUGUGCAUAAACAUUGAGGUAUGCCUCAAAUAAGCCUUUAAACUUUAAAACUGAACUCUAACAUACCCGUGCAGUAAGUUUGUCUUCAGUGCUACUAAUGAAAGCAAAGCCUGCACUGGAAACUCACAAAGACAGUUCGGUGCUCCUGCCCUGUGACCUCAUUCAGCCUUUAUGACAGGGUAUGUGUUAAAAACCUAAACAUUUCACAAGAUUUACCGGGAAAGUUGAAUUUAGAGGAAACAAAAGUACAAUGCCCGUGACAGCCAGUACUGUAUAACUGUGCUGUGUGAGGUUGUUUAGAAGGCUGGGGUUAAAAAGAUAGACAAAAAAUUUAAAAAAUUACCCCCAAUGUUGAUGUGCUGAUUUAAAUUUAAGUACACCAGAUACUACAGCAAGGGGGAUA